AUGAAGUAUUCCGCUGUCGUUGUCGCCCUCCUCGGCGCUGCCGUUGCCCAGGACCUCUCCAUGAUCCCGGAGUGCGCCCAGAAAUGCAUCACCGAUGCCGUUUCCUCGUCGACCAACUGCAAGGCCGAUGACUUCCCCUGCAUCUGCAAGAACCAGAACGCCCUGAUCGGUGGAGCUACCCCUUGCGUCAUUGAGAAGUGCGGUGCCGAUGUCGCUACUGGCAAGGUCCUCCCCGCCACCCAGAAGUUCUGCGAGGAGGUUGCCGCCGGUGGUGGCUCCUCGGCUAGCGCCUCUGCCUCGGCCUCGGCCCCUGCCUCCUCCGCUCCUGAGUCCAGCGCUCCGGCCUCCAGCGCCCCCUCCUCGUCGGCUGCUGAGACCGAGUCCGCCACCGCCUCUGCGUCCGAGACCGUGGGCCCUACCGGCUACCCCACCGGCACCAGCGCCCCCACUGGCGCCAGCAACGGCACCGCUACCGCUACCGGUGCCCAGCCCACCUCCACGGUUGAGAUCGCCGGUGCCGCCGCCGCCGGCUCCAUUGGCGGCCUCGCCAUGCUCCUCCUCGGUGCCGUUGCCGCCCUCUAA